AACGUUUGCGUUUCAAAUCGGGCGUUAUCACUUAUAAAGGUCGACUGUGUAAUCGAUAAGCCAAUCAGUAAUUUUUUUGGUUAUAAACUUUCAAGACAUUUUAAAUAUUUGCCAAUUGCUUCGGAGACAUGACUUUACGUAAAAUCACUGACUUGAUAAAACAUUCAGACAAAUUCUCCUAUUCUUUCGAAGUAACACCAGAUGUAACAGUUGAAGAAAUAAACAACCUGAAGGUGGAACCAGUGUUUUUCUCGGUGACAUGGCACGCCAAAAACCACAAGUGCGAAGACUUGGAUAUAGCACCUUUAAGGAUGGCUAAAUUGUUAAGAAGCAAACAACAUAAUGUGCUAUUGCACUUGACUUGUGAUAUGUUGAAAAAGGAUUACUUGGACCAAGUUCUGAUUUUACUACAAGAGCAAAAUAUUUGUAACUUGCUUGUUAUGCUGGGAGAAAAAUAUGACGCCGCCACUUCGGAUUUCAAAAGUGCCCGAGAUUUAGUAAUGUAUAUAAAGGCUAGUACAGGAAAUUAUUUUUGUAUAGGAGUAGCCGGAUCCCCCGACCAAACCGGAGAGAAACUACUAAACCUCAAAGAAAAAAUUGACAAUGGAGCAGAUUUCAUACUCACACAAGCGUUUUUCGAAAAAGAAGUUUUUAAUAACUUUGCAAAAAGUUGCAAAGAAAUCGGGAUUAGAACCCCCAUAAUACCAGGCGUAUUCCUGUUCCAAAAUUUAAAACAGCUAAACGGCUUCAUAGAUCUUUGCAAAGUAAAAGUUUCCCAAGAUUUACUGGAUCAAGUAAAAGUCAAAGAAGAAUCAAAUAUAGAUGGACUACAAAUUGUGAAGAAGUUAAUUCAAGACUUGAUUGCUGUUAACGAGUUAAAACAUUUCCAUUUCUUUACUUUGAAUAAGUUAGAUAUUGUAUCCAAUUUCGUGAAGGAAAUUUAGAAAUAUUUGUAGGUACAAAUAUCUACCAUCUGUCUAUAAAUACUAUAACUUGUUACCUACUUGCGUCUGGUUUGAUAACACUAUUCUCAUUAGUAAAUAAAUUAAAAUAACCGGUAGAUGUACGAAUUAUUUUAAUCUUAAAAGUAAGUACCUACCUGCCUCACUUUUAGUAAUUUGUCACUUUUUUAUUUGGAAUAAAAUGGGCUUUAAUAAUA